CGGCCGCAGCACUGACAUAUGCCGUGUGACCGACGCUCCUCCGUGCCUGGCGACUUAUCGCGACGCGGCUGGGAGCUGACCGAGGCUGGCGACGCUGACGCCGCUCUCGCCUGCCACCGCGAGGCGACCGGGCUGCCCGGCGCGGGCGGGCGCACCUGGUUCCACCGUGCGCGCAGCGAGCAGCGCUUUGGGCACGACGCGGCGGCGCGCUCGUCGUUCGGCCGCUCGCUCACCGCCAGCCUCCCUCCUGCUGAGGCCAAGGAGGCGCACUUUCAGCUCGGCAAGCUGCAGCGCGACGCCGGCCUGCUUGCCGAGGCGGAGGCCAGCUACCGCGCCGUGCUGGCGAUCGACCCGCUGCUCGCCGGCGCGCACAUCCUGCUCGGCGUCGUGCUGCGCGAGCUCGGUCGCCUCGAGGAGUCGGUCGAGGCGUACGGAGAGGGCUUGCGGCUCAACCCGUCGGUCGCCGCAGCGCACUACAACCGCGGCCAGGCACUGCUCUCGCUGCGCAGACCGGCCGAGGCGGCAGACGGCUUCCGCGCGGCGCUGAGGGCCGACUCUGCCUUCUCGCUCGCGCAGGAGGCGCUCGGAGGCGCGCUGCCCCGACUCGGCGUCGGCUGCGCGCGGCUGCACCACUCGCUCGGCAAGGCGCACUACCUCCGAGGCCGACGGCAGGAGGCGGCGGCGGCGCACGCUGCGGCGCUCGCCCUGGACCCGUCCUUUGCCUAUGCGCACAACGACCUCGGCAACGCGCACCACCACUGUGCCGAGGCCGCUUGUUCACAGCUGCAGGCCCACUCCAACCUCGGCACCGCCCUCAAGGGACUCGGGCGGCACGCCGAGGCCACCGCACACACACGCGCCACCCGCCGCUCCCCCUGCGGAGCAGUCAGGGGGAUGGCAUGCUCUCUGUCUCGGCAGGCCGCCGCGUCGUACUCGGCCGCCAUCCGCCUCAAGCCGCACCUCUGCGAGGCGCACAAGAACCUCGGCGCAGCCCUCACCGAGCUCGGAAGGCCGCGCGACGCCGCGCUGUACGACUUGCUCGACGGGCAGCAGUUCCUCUGCGAUUGGCGCGGCCGCGAGGCGCGGCUGAGAGAGCUGGAGCGGCACCUCGACGAGUGGCACUCGCGCGGCAGGCUCGGGGCCGGGCCGACCGAGCGGCUGCACGCCGGCCUCGCUCCCUUCCACACGCUCGUCUGGCCCGUCUCGGACAAGACGCGUCGCCGAGUCGCGCUCAGCCGAGCCCGCCGCGACGUCGAGGCGGCGGAGGCGGCCCCGCUCGUGCCGCCGCUGCGGUGGGGCGGCGGCGGAGGCGGCGGCGGCCAUGGCGGCGGCGGCGGCGGCGGCAUUUUGCGGCUCGGGUUUCUGUCGUCCGACUUUGGCCCUCACCCUGUGGUCUGCCUCGCGCUCGACUUGCCCGAGAGGCAGCACGCUGGGACCGCCGAGCGGCGCGCGAUCGCCGCGGCGGCGCACGCUUUCUUCGACCUCACCCGCCUCACCGACGCGGAGGCGGCGCGCGCGAUCGACGGCUUGCGGCUGCACGUCCUCGUCAACCUCGUCGGCCACACCGCGGGGGCGCGGCACGCCCUCACGCACUACCGCCCCGCGCCGAUGCACUACGCGCUGCUCGACGCCGCGGCGGCGCCGCCGCCGCUCGCGGCGGCCGAGUUUACCGAGCGGAUGGCCUACUUCCCCUUCUCCCACUUUGUGGCGGCGCACGCGCGCCGCUAUGCGCACGCGCCCCACGCCUCCCGCCUCGCCCACCCGUGGCCGGCCGGCGAGUGGCCGGCCGGCGAGGAGGAGCGCGCCACGUGGUCGCCCGCGCUGCGGCGUGCGUCGCUGUGGCUCUCGCGCGUCUCGGUGCGGCGCGGCUGGGCGGAGCAUGCGGAGCAGAGCCUGCGCGCGCAGGCGGCGGCACACGGCGUGACCGGCCGGCUUGGCUUCGUCCCAAAGCUGCCCGAGGCCGACUUUAUCCCCGCGCGCUCGCUGGCCGACCUGAUGGUGGACAACCGCUGGUACAACGCGCACACCACCGGCGCCGACUCGCUGUGGGCGGGCGUGCCCGCCGUGGCGCUGCAGGGGCGCGGCCUCGCCAGCCGAGCGUCGGGCUCCUUCCUCGCCGCGCUCGGCCUCGGCUACACCGUGGCUCCGAGCUGGAAGGCGUACGAGGACCUGAUCUGCAGCCUCGCUUCGACCCCUGAGCGGCUGCAGCUGCUCCGGCGGCGGCUGCUCGACGCGCGGAGCGACGCGCCCUUCUUUGACCUCGAGGGACUCGCGCGCGCGCAGGAGCGGCUCGUGCACGGCAUGUGGAGGGCACACGAGGCGUCGCCGGCCUCCGGCCCGAAGAUGCACAUCAUCGCCGCGCGGGCAAGGACGUGAAGGCUCGUGUCUGAUUGUACGUUCUCCUCUCAUUGACAGUCUGUGGCACUCUUUCUACUUUCAGUGGUCGUCACAGUGCUUAUGUGUUAUGAAGGAAGAAAAA